AUGUGAUUUUUUUUACGUGUUGUAGCGGUUGGAGAGACGGGUUUUGCUUUUCUUCGAAAAUAUGCCUUUUUUUGUCGAGAGAAAGUCAACUGAGAAGCUACAUUUGAGUGUGUCUUUGCUGCGUGUUGAACGUGAUGAUGAGUUAAAGAUAAAAGUUUAGAGGUGAUUGUGCUCGUGCGCUGAGAAUGUAGAGCUAAGCUAGUUCCUAUGUUUUGUGUUUGAGGUUGAAUGUGAAGGGAUUCUUUGAGUCAUUUUGACUCCCUGGUUAAGAAUUUCUCAUCAUUUUCUUCAACAGAAGAAUAUUUACGCUUUUAAUUAGUCGUGAAAUGUAAAAUUGUGGGUUCGUCGACAGGCCUCUACCUGUGAUAUUAGCACAUCUUAACUUUACGACACUAAGGACAAAUUGUCUCGUUAUUUCCAGCAUACGCUCUCUAAUUGAAUUAAAGUAGUGCGUCCAUUGGCUAUGGAGAGGGCUCGUGCCCCCGCAUGCCUCUCCAAAAGCUCCUCCUCCUCUCGCUUACAAUUACUUGGGUGUGUGGAGAAGUGCAUCUUAUAAGAGCCGCUGAACAGCCCAUGUCCAGCCCAUAAUCUGAACUGAGAAUCCGCAGGUGAGGAGCAGGUUGAACCUCCAUCGUUUUGUCAGGAGGGGAGGCGCGUGCAGAGAAGCAGAAACGAGCAUAGUGCGCGCGGUGCUGCUGUUUCGCCUCCUCGGCUGAGAUUCCCUCUCUGGACUCUUCUUUGAAACUCUUCAUUAUUUAUUGUAAGAUCCAAUACAAUGCAGCUAGAGAACAUCCUGCCCAGCGCGAGCAUCAAUUUACCCAAAACCUUUUACAACCUCUCUUCGUCGGACAGUGCCAACAACAGCCCGAGGCCGUCAUCGCAGCUCGAGUACCAAGAAGUGGAACGGACGGAAUCAGAGUCCAGCGCACCCAAGAAGUACCUGGGUAACGGGAUGCUGGGUGAGGGAGAGGGGGACUCUUUCACAAAGCCCGGGCCCGAUGGGAGGAAAGGCUCCCCGGUGCUGGGUGAGGACGAGCUGACGAGCGCGCGCCGGUACAACAUAGACGAACUUGGCUCUGACAGAUACUUCAUCUCCUCCUCCCAAGCGAGUACCGACAUGGCGAGCCCCUGCUCCCUAUUCCCCUACGCAGGACAGACCGGGUCGGUGUACACCGGCUCCAGCAGCUCAAGAUACCCGGCUUCGCUUCAUUAUGGAUCCGUCCUGCCGCCGACAGGCUUCUCCUCCUCGUCUGUGUGCACCGGCCGGAGCCAGUUUAGCAGCGGAGGGUACCAGUUCAGCCAGGGGCCAGGCUGUUUGUACCCGUCCUAUCCUGGGACAGGGACGGGGAUCGGAUCCAUGUCUCUGCCGGGGUCUGCAGCCGGAGCGAGGGCGCAGGUUUAUCUCUGUAACCGGCCUUUGUGGCUCAAGUUCCACCGGCAUCAGACCGAGAUGAUCAUCACCAAGCAGGGCAGGCGGAUGUUCCCAUUCCUCAGUUUCAACAUCACUGGACUCAACCUCACGGCCCAUUACAACGUCUUUGUAGAAAUUGUUUUGGCUGACCCGAAUCACUGGCGCUUUCAGGGAGGAAAGUGGGUCACUUGUGGAAAAGCAGACAAUAAUAUGCAAGGUAACAAAAUGUACGUCCAUCCUGAAUCUCCAAACACUGGCGCUCACUGGAUGAGGCAAGAAAUCUCUUUUGGUAAAUUGAAGCUGACCAACAAUAAAGGAGCAAACAACAACAACACACAGAUGAUUGUCUUGCAGUCGCUUCACAAAUACCAACCGCGGCUGCACAUUGUCGAGGUGACAGAAGACGGAGUGGAAGACAUGAGCAAUGAGGCCAGAACUCAAACCUUCACCUUCCCAGAGAACCAGUUUAUAGCGGUCACUGCUUACCAGAACACAGAUAUCACACAGCUCAAGAUAGAUCACAACCCCUUUGCAAAAGGCUUCCGGGACAACUAUGACUCGAUGUACACAGCCCCAGAGAGUGACAGGCUGACACCAUCCCCCACAGACUCUCCUCGCUCCACCCAAAUUGUCCCAGGUGCUCGCUAUGCCAUGCAGCCCUUUUUUCAGGACCAGUUUGUCAACAACCUGCCUCAGAACCGCUUCUACACCGGCGAAAGGGCAGUCCCCCAAACAAACAGCCUUCUCUCCCCGCAGAGUGAGGAUGCCAGUGCUGCUGCUGCCUCUGCUCAGCGCUGGUUUGUCCCCCCAGUUCAGCAGCCGGGCUCCAACAAGCUGGACCUGUCGUAUGAGAAUGACUACUCCACCAGCAGCCUGCUCUCCUACGGCAUCAAACCUCUCUCUCUGCAGACAUCGCACGCCCUCAGCUACUACCCCGACUCGGCCUUUGCCUCCAUGGCCGCCGGAUGGGGCACCAGAAGCUCUUACCAGCGCAAGAUGACCACAGGUCUGCCCUGGUCACCUCGUCCGAGUCCCCCAGCCUUCCCUGAGGACCAAUUGGGGGUUACAAAAGACAAGCUGCCUGAGGAGAGUGCGCCACCUGCUUCAACCUGGAUCGAGACAUCCCACUCACUGAAAUCGGUGGACUCUACCGACUCGGGCGUGUACUCGGUGGUGUGCAAGAGACGCAGAAUGUCUCCUGGGGGCUCGAGCACAGAGAACUCCCCGACUAUCAAGUGUGAGGACUUGACCACAGAAGAGUACAACAAGGACAACCCAAAAGGCAUGGGUUAUUAUGCAUUCUACACAAGCCCCUAAGACUGUAUUUAUUGAAGCUCAAAUCUAAUUCUUUGGUUUGAUUAUUGAGUGCUCUCUCUCCAUUCCUCGUUAAUGUCUUUUUUCUCUUUUCUCUAAAGGUGCCAAAGCUUAGUGUUCUCCCCCCAAGCAAGCUGCACAAGGUUAUUUUCCCAGGCCAGCCCCUCUCACAUACCUGAGCAGAAACAUGCAUAGUGAUUGUUGUUUUUCAAAAAAGCAUGUCCCCUCAUUUUUUAAAAUCAAUUUAUGUUAAGACAUUUUUUAUUUACAAAUGUGAAUUUUUUUAUUUUUGCUCCCCCUCCCUGCGUAUUUAAGUCAAUUUCGUUGUACAGUAUUCGUGCACUUUAGAAUGUGAUGUAUCUUGUACAAACUGUCUUCAUGGAGGUGUUAUUAAAUGGAUAAUAAAAAACA